UGGGACUUACGAUCAUAACAACGAUCUGUCUAGUUGCAUCUUACUGUUAGGAGAAUGCCGUCCGCUGCUGCUAAAGUCGAGAAAGUAGCCUCUUCUGAGGCUAAUGAUCCUUUAAAGUUAGUUGUCAAUAUGCUUGAGAAGAAAAUGAGGAAUUUGGAGAAACGAAAGGUGAAAUUGGAUAAUUAUAAAAAUGAAGCAGCAAAUGGAAAAGAGUUGAAUGAAGACCAGAAGAUUGCUGUUAGCAAAGGUGAUGAAGUUAAGUCUCUACUGGAGUUUGCUAAGGAUUUGAUCAAGCAAGUGAAUACAAUUGUUCAGGAGCAUGCAAGACAGCAGAAGAAGUUAGCUAAAAAGGAACAGCUUGAACGACAACAGCUUGAGAUUCAGCGUCUAACGGAGGCAUAUACGUAUGUUCACAUUCUAUCUCAUUUCCAGAAUGAAGAUGUUCGAAGUGAUUUUUUGAAUGGAACGAAUGGUGCAGUGCAAUUAACAAGUGAGCAACUGUCACAGCUUGAUCAGUUAUACAAAUUGAUUGGAUCUGGAUUUCCCAAUGAGCAUACAGAUCUCUCCAGUCACUUUCACACCUUGGCUGAAAACCAUAUCUUCUUGGUUGAAGGAAAAAACAAAGAAAUUGUUGGAACAACAUAUAAAGCUUUGAAGGAAGUAUUGCAGACUAUUAAUGAAUGUGGGUAUUUAACAAGAUCUUCAGAACCCGCAGAUGCCACCUCAAGUGAUGAAACACCCGAAGAAGAAGGACCUGUUGAAAAUGUUGCGAAUCAAGAAGUAAUGGCUCCUGCUGAAGAUAUUGAAACUGUUCCAAGUCCAUGUAACGAGCAAGUCAAGACUGAAGAAGAAGCUAAGCCUGUCUUAUGUUCAGAAACUGUUCUUGAAGACACCCCAUCUGAUGUCCCUAACAUGCAGAAUGGGCCUUUGCAAGAAGUCCUUUCUUCUCAGAGCAGUUUCAAUUUCCUGCAAGAGUCUCAGAUUGAUCUUGAUGCUCCUCAUAUGGAUCCUGCUGUUGUAGCUGUCCAUCAGAUGGCACCACCCCCUACAGUCAACUUUGCUGUAAAUCCCUAUCCUCCUACACCUCCUGUUGAGGAUACUUCCAAGCCUCAAGUAAAUGGCAGUGAGCCAUGUGAUGUAUCAGCUCCACCACCACCACCAACUAUGAGUCAAGUCCCCAUCAUAUCUGCUGGCCUACCUCGUACUGUCACUCCCGUCUUAACAUCAGUUCAACACAACAGCCAGCAUGAUUUUGAUCCAUCACACCCAAUUCCAACUCAAACAUUUACAAAUCAGAGUUUUGCUGUCAUGCAAAACAUGAUCAUGCCACAGGCUUAUGUUCCAGUCACCAUGCACCAUGGGCAUAUUCCUCCACAUAUAGGACCCAUUGCUGUUGUUCCAGGAUUGUCUCCACCAGUCACAUCAACUGGACCUUCUAUUGUUCCAAUUCAUUUGCCAGUACCUCCUGUACCAAUUGCUUCUGUUCCAGAAAAUGAUGUUCCAAAUGAUUUGGAAGCACAGGUGUCAGAAAGGGAAGAUAGUCAGUCUCCUGUGGAUGAAAAUGCAGCAGAUAGUGAGUCUAAUGUUAAUGGUACAUCCAUUGACAAGAAUGCUGAUGGAUACACCCCUUCAUAUCGAGGCUAUCGUGGUAGAGGACGUGGUCGAGGCAAUGGGGGGUACUUCAGAGGAAGAAAUAAUUACAACAGUGGACGAGGUGGAUAUCAAAAUCAUUAUUAUCAAGACAGGAAUGGAUAUAAUGGAAAUUAUAGACGAAACAACAAUCGUUCCAGAGGAAAUGGAAACAAUCGGGGACGAGGAGGAAACUUCAGGACAUCAACAUCACAACAGCAGCAAACGCAACAGUAACAAUAUUCGAUCCAAAUGCAAAUGUUUUUAUCAAAAAUGUGAUUUCACCUCGGACUUGGCAGUGGCAGUGGAAUCCUCCUUUCUCAGACAUUUGCUUUGAAUUUUGCUAAAAAAAAUAUAUAUAUAUAUAUAAAAAUGCUGUGGCCUUCUGACAAGUCUUCACCUGUUCACCAUCUAAGCUUCCACCAUGAAUUCAUCAGGCACUACAGUAUUAAUAUAUGCAAUCCAAAGGCAGAUCUAUUGCGCCUGCCUUAGUCUUACAUCUGAGCUGCAGAGAUGGGACCAGCAUUACUGUGUGCGACUAAUUUAAAACGGGAAAAAAAGUGUUUAAAAGAAAAGUCACUAUGUUAAUAAAUUCAUAUUUAAUAUAUGUGGUGCAGACUUCCACAAGGCUGCACGAGUCUUAAGUGUGGUGGUUUACCUAUCUGUGCAUAUAAUUAUCAAUUCAUUUGAUGUGAUAAUCAGACUAAAGUUUCACCCCCUGUUCAUUUGCUAACCUGUUUUCUUCUUAAUUUCUUUAGUGUUUUACCUUAAAGGCAUGAUAAAGAGAAAAAAAGUUUUUUUUUUUUUUUUUUUUUGUUCCUAUCAUUGCGUUCUAUAUUUAAGUACAGGACGUUGCAUCUGUGUGCAGAAAAAGAUAUGUAUUUCUACUGUUUAAAAAUUGUUAAUGUAAACUAUUAGAUGAUGACAAAAAAAUUACCUGAGCAUCUGCAUUUUCUGCUACUCAUUAUAUCAUUAAUGUAGUUAGUUAAUGCAUAUUCUUUCAGGUUGUUUCUAAAA